AUGGCAUUGAAAAAAUCUUUUUACAGUGCUACGACUCCUUAUAUUGCCACUAUUGCUUAUAUUGCGUUUUUGGUUUUUGCCUUAACUUCUAUCGACAGUUUAUUCAAUGACAACUGCAAUGAGAACAGUAAUGUAAGCAGUGGCAAUGGAAACAAUAAUAGCAACUUCAACGACGGCUGGUUCAAUGGAAAUAAUAAUGGAAACUUUAAUGACGGUUGGCUCAAUGGAAAUAAUAAUGGUAACAACAAUUAUAAACGCGGCUCAAUCAUUGUCAACGUUAAACGGGGCGAUAAUGCUUUCUUCAGUGUAUCUCCUUUCAAAAGGAAUAUCAACAACGUUAAACGGGGCGAUAAUGUUUUCUACGGUGUAUCUCCUUUCAAAAGGAAUAUCAACAACGUUAAACGGGGCGAUAAUGUUUUCUACAGUUUAUCUCCUUUCAAAAGGAAUAUCAACAACGUUAAACGGGGCGAAGCUGCUUUCUACAGUUUAUCUCCUUUCAAAAGGAAUGUCAAUAACGUUAAACGGGGCGAAAUAUCAAAUGCGGCAACCAAAUAA